AUGGGGUCGGCUUGCUGUGUUGCUGCUAGAGAUGGAACUCUCCCCAGUAGAACUGGAACUGGAACUGAAACUUCACGUAGGAACAUCACAUGCUCGCCAACAUGGAGCUUUCGCUGGGAUCAUCAAAGGCGUGUGGCUGGUGAAAUUGAGGAUUCUUCGUACCAAGUGUCUCAUGGAGUCAGCACAAACACAAGCAGGGAAAUAAAAGGAUUAUCAGGUUCUGAAAGGGGUAAUCUUUCUGAUGGGGGAAACCUUGAGAAUUCCGGAACACCCAUCUCUUGUAAAUCACUGGUCCAUGGAGAAAGGGGUGCAAAUUUUAUUGCGCUACCAUCAGUUUAUUUGAUGUAUUUUUACAUUCUUUGUCCAGACAUACCCAUGGCAAGCAAUUAUUCUGCUGAAUUGAGUUCCAUGGCUUGUAAUUUUCCUGAGGAGGUGAAGAGCUUGGAAGAAUCACCAAAUAUUGCUGAUACAUCAACACAGAAGCUUUCAUUUUCCAUACCUUCGUCAUUUUCUACACCAAUAACUGAUCCUUUGUCUACCCAUCCUCAUCCACUUCCUCCUAGUUCAACCCCAUCUAGAAGGGCUCGCCGUUCACCUGGCCACAGGCUGUUGAGACAGGUUUCUGAUAGUCGAAUCUUAGGAUUGAAAUCACCUAAUAAUUACCCAGUAUCUGAAGGAAGGUCUUCUUUCGUACUUUCCACGUGCAGCAAUGACUUAACUGCUGGAUCAUAUGGUGGUUCUUCUGAUGGGUGGUCCAUGCGCACUUUUUCCGAGCUUGUGGCCUCUUCACAAAGAGAGAGGUGGUCUUUUGACAGUGAACAUCUGAGCUCUGGUCGUGGUAAUAUAAGUGGAUCCAGCAGUAGGUUCUCAUGUUCACCCUCCAUAGAUCUGCAAACUUGUGGGGCAUGUUCAAAGCUCUUGACAGAGAGAUCUUCAUGGUGCAGCCAGAGAAUUUCGGUUCACAAUGAACUCGCAGUGGUUUCUGUGCUUGUCUGUGGACAUGUUUACCAUGCUGAGUGUUUGGAGGUUAUGACAGCAGCAGACACUGACAGAUAUGACCCAACUUGCCCAAUAUGUACAGUUGGAGAGAAGCAAGUCUCAAAGAUGUCUAGAAAAGCUUUAAAAGCGGAAGCAGAAUUAAAGACAAAAUACCAUAAGAUAUCUAGAAACCGAGUUGUGGAUAGUUAUCUUGACUGUGAUUCAGAGAAUUUUGAUUACCAAAAAGAUGUCAAACAAGAUGGAAAAUUUUCCAAGACAGAAGCCAGUUCUAGUACAAGGAGCUCUUCUGCAAAGCCUUUCUUGCGGCGACAUUUUUCUCUUGGGUCAAAGUGGAAUAGAUCACUAACAGAGAAAGAUUCAGUCCAGAAGAAGAGUUUUUGGGCCAGAUAUAGGAAAAAUUGAGUUACCUCCUCAACUGGUACUAGGAUUUCCCAGAAAUGCUGGUGAUAUGGUUAUUUUGUGAACCUUGAGGCAGGCUGCCAUUAGACAUUCUGGCUGUGAUGCAUUUGAUAUCUGAAAUCCAGGGUUCCUUAAUAUUAUAGAUUCCUCUUUUCUAUUUCAAGGUAAUCGUAUAACAGGCUUCUGUAGGAUACUCGUCAUUGACCCACACGAUUACUUGAGUCCUAAUUGAACCAUUUUUUAUAGCCAGUUGGCCUAGUAGCAGGGCAGAAAUAUGGUGUAGUUUUUGGGGCUUGCAGGAAUAAAAUGAAUGUUAUAGUGGGCUUUUGGGAGAUAGAGAGACAAAAAAAUGAAGUCAUUUGUUUUUUCAGCUGUAGAUGAUAUUUGGAAAUAUUUUACAUGUAGGAAUUUUGCGAAGAUGCUAUGAAAUAUUGCCUACUUUUGAUU